AAUUGAAAAUAAUAGAAAUAGAAAUGAUGGAGCUGAAGUUUCAAGUUUAACAAUGUAUGGAAAGAAAAAUUCUAUUAAAAAGACUUCUCAAGAAUAUAAAGCAUCGCAAUCCAUUCAAAAAGAUGAAUCAGUUUCAAAAAACCAGUCAUCACAAAAUUAUAUGCCUCAAUGUGAACUUCGCGAACAACUACAACCUAACAAAAAUACUUUUAAAGUAAAAGAAUAUACUUCUAAACAGCGCUUUAAUCAAAUAUCCAUACCAACAAAUCCUGCUUGUGUAAUACAAUCGUCAGCAACAAGCGAUAAAUCAAUUAUUCCAAAAGCUUCCAGUUCUUCGAAUGCAAACACUAAUAUGAUUCAACAACAACAUAUUAUUAAUGUUUUUCAACAAUUAUUUAAGAAAUUAAAUCAACGCUUGGAUAUUAUUGAAAAGAGAGAAAGUGAAAAUCAUGUAAUGUUGUUGCGAUUAACAAAAGCAAAAAAUAGAAGAGUCCAAUUGAUGCCAAAAUGUUUUCCAUUUAAAUCUAUUGAAAGUUUAAUAAACUUUGAUAACGCAACUGAUGAACUGUACGAUGAAGUUGUAGAUUACUUCAUUUAUAUAGGUGGAUUAAAUCCUAUUGAUUGUGCUGCAAUGUAUUUCAAAUAUGCUUUUCAAAAUGCUGAGCAAAUUUCGCUGCAAGUAACUUGACAUGGAACGAAACAGUUAAAAGCUUUAAAACAUACUCGCUUCGCACAUGCUUGUGAAGAUGCAAUCAGCAGUAAUUUUAAUUUUCCAAAACCACGACGACAUGAAUUUGAAGAUGCUAUGAUAAAAGCUCUGAAGAGCACGAAAGAGCGUUUUCGCCGACAACAAAAAAGAUCUACAUGUGAUGUAGAAAAUGACGAUAACGAUGAUGAUGAUAACGAGCCCGAAGAAUUUGGGAAGAAGAAGAAAAAUUGUUAGAGAUGAGCGAAAAAAUGACACACAUAGUCAAUCUAAUAUUGAUUAUUCUGAUGAUGCUCAGCAAGAAAUAAUAGAAG